GAUUUUCAAAAUUUGAAUUUAAAUUAUUUUCGCCUUUCGCCUGCUGAAAGUUGGAUUAACCCUCAAAUCGAUUUGAUUUGUUUGAAUUUUCAAAAAACUGUUUUUUUUUAACUUUAAGGUUUUUAAAAAUUCUCUUAAUCUAAGGGGUUUUUCAUCACAAUGAAGAGAGCCAAACAAUGGAGUUUAAUAGCAGCUGUUCUUUUAGUUUUUGCCAUAGCUCAACAGGUUGAUGCUGUUGCGCCAUUCAAAAAAGUUUCCAUUGCCCCCAAGACCACAUCAACAACAACACCCACAACACCAGGUGCUGCCGCAAGCGAGGCAAGUUCUGAUGAAUCUUCAACGGCGGCUGAGGAGAAAGUGGAAGAACAAAAGAACGAGGCCACACCAAAACCCAAUUCAAGAGAAUCCAAGCUGACGGGUAUACCACAAAUCGAUUACAUUUGGGAUCCCAACUUGCCCAGAGAAUUGAGAGGCUACAAUUUGUCCUCGUAUCCAUUCUUAGCAACGACCCCUGCCGAUGAAGAUAUCCAUUUUAAGUGUGAUGGUUUGCAUGAUGGCUUCUAUGCAUCCAUAGAAUAUAAAUGUCAGCUUUAUCAUCAUUGUGUCUAUGGCAUAAGACACGACUUCCUGUGCGCCAAUUUCACAGCUUUCGAUCAGAAAACAUUUAUUUGUCACUUUGCCUCCGAUGUGGAUUGUGAAGGUUCCGUAAAAUAUUGGAAUAGAAAUGACGAUUUGUAUAUGGCAACCACAACCACCUCCACCACAACCACGACGACAGAACCACCGCCAACACAACGCAGACGACCAGUUAGACCACUGAGGCCACUACGUAGACCCGGUAGUCGUAGACCCGUUGAUGAUUACUACGAUGAAGAGGAAUAUGAUGAAGAUUACUAUGAGGAACGUUUGAACAAGAGGCGCAAGAAUCGCCCACGUCAUCGUCGUCCCGUUGUGGACUAUGAGGAUGAAGACUAUGAAGAUGAAAAACGAUCUCUGGCAGAUGAGAAACCAAGACGACCGAACUCCCGGAAACGUUUCCAAGAUGAAGUUGAUGCUGAGGAUGAUUAUGACUUUGACAAGCCAAAGACGAAGCCGCGCGGAAAACCCACACCAGCCGCUGAAAGACGUAAGAUAAGCAGUCGCAAGCCGGGUGGAUUUUCGGGACGUGCCAAUGCCGAUGAAAGACGAAGCUUCAGCGAUGAUCGCCCUACUUUGGGUGGACGUCGUAAAGCCACACCCGUCAUUGCGGAUGAUGUUGACGAACCGGAAGAACCACCACGUCGUCAGACCGGUCGCAGACGUAUCAACGAGAAACGUAGCUCAACCACUGCAGCACCCAGUGAUGAGGUCGAUGAUUUGGAUGAAUAUGAAAAACCCGAAUCGAAAAUACCUGAUCAAGAAGAAGCAGCUGCCGAUGAAGAGGCACCACCAAAAGUAAAGACCACUCCCAAGCCACUUGAGGAGUUUGUGACACCCAAGGCAGCCCCGUCUUCGGUGUAUUCUCGACCCAGAGCGCCUCCCAGAAUUGCCCGUCCCGUGCCCAUAAAUGAAAAGAACAAAUUCAAAUAUCCUGUGCAGAAAACAGCGACCACAUCUGCUCCUUCCCUGUCGGCAGCAGAGGGUGAUGAUGACUACUAUGAAGAUGAGGAAUACGAUGUAAGACCACGACGCGGCCACAAUAAGAAGCGUAUCGUUGAUGAUGUCUCCGCCGAUGAAGAGGAAGAAGAUCUGCCACCCAGAAGAGGCAGUGGACGUAAGCCCACCCGCACUCUGAGAAAACCAACGGUGGCCGAUAAGAAACCCCUUGACGAUGAAGAGGAAUACGAUGAUCGUUACAGUGGUCGCGGUGGUGGUCGCCGACGCAACUCCUUGAAUGGACGUAAACGUGGCCGUGUACCCAUCCAAGAUGAUGUCGAUUUUGUGGAUGACGACUAUGAUGAACGUCCCGCGAAACGAUCACGACCCCAGUCGUCUGCACGCAAGGGUGCCAAGAAGCCAAGAAUACCCGACCCCUCUGAGGAAAUUGAAGAAGAUGAAGAAGUCGAGCCCGAGGUCAAGGCACCCAUAAAAAGCCGGACCAGCUUAACUUCUAACAGACGUAAACCCUUGCCUGGAGCUCUGCGGUCACGCAAUGCCCCCGCCAAAGCCGAGACACCCUUAACCAAAGACUCUGACGAUUCCGAGGCUGUAGAUGAAGUUGAAGCCCCCACUGCUGAGGAAUCCGAAACACCAAAUAAAGCCAGUUUACCAACCAGUCGCCCCGCCUCGGUACGUGUAGUUAAACGACCAUUCCUACCAUCGCGUGGUGGCAGUCCAUACCUGCCAAGGGGCCUACAACCCGUUGGCUCGGCUCACAAACAGCAACAGCAACCACAAGUAGAAUCGCACACCACCGACAGUAGUGCUGCCGAUUAUUUGUCAACCAUGUCGGGAGUGCAUUUGCUCGAACAUGGCGCCCCGCUGUUGCGUGAUUCGGGUUCACGUACCACAUUGCCACCACGCAGCAUGUUGCCACCCGUCAGCUCGCAGUCACGCCAGCCCGAGUCAUCGGUUCCAUCUAGCAAGGCCACAUUGGACGAGCUCUACGAAAAUGACUACGAUGUCACGCUUAACGAUGCUUUAAAUCCAACGCUUAAACCGCUUUCGCCGCAUCAAUCUUCCCACUAUAAUAUCCAUCAUCAGCAACAACAACAACCACAGCAUCAUCAUGACAAUAACGCCAAUAAUCAUAUCCGCCGGCGAACGAUCAUCACGGCGCCGGUCGCGCAAUCAAAUCGCCAAACCGGAAGUGGAGGCCGAAGAGAAAUAGCACCGCCAGCCUAUUACGAUGAAUAUGAUUAUUAAGUUUUGAUUAGGUCCUUGAGCAGAGCGUUGCCAAUUCUCAGCUCUGCGGAUGAUGGGAGGAAAUGUGACCAAGUGGGAUCAGCAACAAAAGUGAUCUCCAGAAAGCCAUUUCCUCCCAAAAAAAAAACACAUUUUUGUAAAUAUAUAUGUAAUAAUAAAAAAGAAAUACUCCAUAACAAAAAAAAAAACAA